AUGCCAGAGGUGUCGGCAAAGGGCGCUACCAUUUCCAAGAAGGGCUUCAAGAAGGCCGUUACCAAGACCCAGAAAAAGGAGGGCCGGAAACGGAAGAAAUGCCGCAAGGAGAGCUACUCCAUCUACAUCUACAAGGUGCUGAAGCAGGUGCACCCCGACACGGGCAUCUCCUCUAAGGCCAUGAGCAUCAUGAACUCCUUUGUGACCGACAUCUUCGAGCGCAUCGCGGGCGAGGCGUCGCGCCUGGCGCACUACAACAAGCGCUCGACCAUCACGUCGCGGGAGAUCCAGACGGCCGUGCGCCUGCUGCUGCCCGGGGAGCUGGCCAAGCACGCCGUGUCCGAGGGCACCAAGGCCGUCACCAAGUACACCAGCUCCAAGUGAGC